UGUGCUGUGCCCCCGGUUCAUUUCCACGGUACACGAGCCAGUCGCCGCGGCACCCCCACUGACACCGAAGCCCAGAUGCUCACCCUCUCCGCGGACAUGGACGAGUCUUCGUCUCUGCUGGAUCUCCUGGAGUGCUCGGUGUGCCUGGAGCGCCUGGACACCACGGCCAAGGUGCUGCCGUGCCAGCACACCUUCUGCCGCCGCUGCCUGGAAAACAUCCUCAGCUCCCGGAACGAGCUGCGCUGCCCGGAGUGUCGCAUCCUGGUGGACUGCGGGGUGGACGACCUGCCGGCGAACAUCCUCCUGGUUCGCCUCCUGGACGGCAUUAAGCAGCGGCCCCAGCGGGGGAGCGGAGGAGGAGGAGGAGUGGGAGCCGGCGGCAGGCAGUCCCUAGCCGGGGGCUCGCUGCAGGGCUACGCAGCCGGGAUAUCCGCAACUCCCCCGGGCAGCGCAAUCAGAGAGCUGCCCGUAGCCAUCAGGAGCUCCCCUGUCAAGAACAUCCCAGCUCUGCCUUGCGGUAAAGCCCUCUACUCCUACGAAGGAAAAGAACCAGGCGAUCUCCAAUUCUCAAAGGGCGACAUCAUCAUCCUGCGACGCAAGGUGGAUGACAACUGGUACCACGGCGAGCUCAAUGGUUGCCAUGGUUUCUUGCCUGCGAGUUACAUCCAGUUGCUGCGUCCUCUGAGCCAAACUCCACCCCAGGGCAAAGCGUUGUACGACUUUGAGGUCAAAGAUAAAGACCAGGAUAAAGACUGUCUGGCCUUCAGCAAGGAUGAGGUACUGACAGUAAUCAGGCGAGUGGACGAGAACUGGGCAGAAGGCAUGCUGGGAGACAAGAUUGGCAUCUUCCCCAUUCUCUAUGUGGAGUUAAAUGAAACCGCCAAGCAGUUGAUGGAGAUGGACAAGCCCGCGCCAACUAGCGCUCCAGGUCCGAGUUCUGAACCAGCCCCGCUGGGCCCCUGCUCUCCUGGCCCCUCCCCCAGUGCUUCCCCGUCCAAUGGAAAUGGAUCUGCCCAUCGGAGAAGCGAGGGGAAGAAAAACGCCAAAAAGAGGCAUUCGUUCUCUGCGCUGUCUGUCAGCCAGAGGGCCGCCCAGCUCAACAACAGGCACAGUAUGGAGAUCUCCCACCCGGUCCUCAUCAGCUCAUCUGACCCCAGAGCUGCAGCACGCAUCCAGGACGCAUCUCACCCGGGUCCCUCUCCUUUCUUGGUGCAGCCCAAAGUGGCAUCCAUAACCUCUGAGCUGCUGGCCCAUGCCAAGGUUCAGCUGCCACUCAACAUAUAUCUGGCUUUAUACGCCUACAAGCCCCAGAAGGCUGAUGAGCUUGAGCUUAGGAAAGGAGAGAUGUAUCGGGUGACAGAGAAGUGUCAAGACGGGUGGUUCAAAGGCACCUCACUGAGAACUGCUGCCUGUGGUGUCUUCCCGGGAAAUUACGUCACCCCUGUGUCCAGGGCUCCGUUUGGAGUUGGCGCUUCUCGCGGAUCGUCAUCGUCCAGUCCAGGUGGAGGAGGAGGAAGUGGGUGUGGUAAAAUCUCCGACCCUUCGUCCCCGGGGCCCCCAGGGCCCUCUUCGUCUCGUCCCUCCACCCCACUAAUAAACUCUGUGAACACCACCGGUCCCGCCUCCUCGCCGCAAACUGCCGCCGCCCAGCUGAGGAACUGCCUGCGCUCCAGUCAGCAUAUGGUUAACCAGGCACGCACCUCAAUGCAGCUGGUCCACAGUCCUCCUGCUGGAAGCCCCGAGCGCCCCUCAGUGGCCCUCUCCCCGCUGCGUCCUCAGAGCUCCUCCCCCUCACGCUGCAACGGCCAAUCUGGUCGCCCUCUCUCCAUGGUGUCUCCAGGACCCAGUCUAGGGCCCUCGCCCCUCUCCUCUCCCGCCUCCAGGCCCCUCCUCCCCCUCUCAUCCCCUCUCUCUUGCCUCACACCUCCCAACGUGUCAGCGGCGCACCUCAACAGGGACCCAGCCAGUCCACUGCCGCCGCCAGUGCCGGGCCCCUCCCACGCCUCAACCCAGGGCGUCCUUGCUCCUAAACCAGAGAAGAAGGAGAGGAAAGCAAGUGGUUUAUUAAAGCUCCUGGCGGGGGCGGCAGCCAAGAAGAAACCUCGCUCACCUCCCUCUUCCCCGCCCACCCGCGACCCAUCAUUGACCGACCCCGCCCACCAUCCUCACCCCCAUCACCACCACGCCCGCUCAGGUUCCUGUCCGAUGGCGUCUCAGGGGCGAGCCGGCUCCUGUCCAAUCGAGAGUGAGAUGGCGGGGGCCAUUGGGUUGGAGCCCCUGCACCGGAAGUCCGGUUCCCUGGACACAAACUUCCCCAUGUCACCCCCGGCAACGCGCACAGUCAGCGCUCUGAUGGUCCUCCGGCCUGAACCCAAACCCCUGUCACGAGAGAGGUAUCGUGUGGUGGUGCCCUACCCUCCCCAGAGCGAGGCGGAGAUCGAGCUGCGGGAAGGGGACGUCGUGUUUGUCCACAAGAAGAGGGACGACGGCUGGUUCAAAGGCACCCUGCAGAGGACGGGGCGGACCGGCCUGUUUCCCAGCAGCUUCGUCGAGAGCUUCUGAACGGGAGAAAGUGGACAAGAGAAACAAAAAACUGUUCUUGUUACCAAAACACACACUCACACACGCACAAGCACGCACAAAGGAUGGACCGACAUUGCUUUCCAGGAAUCACACAAUUUCAGAUUAAAGACAGAUACUGCAACAGGAAAGUUGCUUUGAUCGUCAGAAUGCAUUUUUGAGAAGUUUUGGCCGGAGAAAUCUGUCAAGAAUCUUUUAUCAAUUUAAAAACUAUUAUAUAUACUUGCACAAAACGUCAUAAGUCGUCGGAAACCCAUAUCGGUCCAACCAAAUCAACACACACACACACACACGCACACACUGGAAAGCUCGCCCGGGCUUCGACCAGCCACACAGGAAGCAGGGCAGCUUUUCCCGUCACUUGCCCAGCUUUGUAUCGGAGGGACUUCAGCAGACUCGUUGGACCUGUGAUGUUGACUACUACAGACUGAAGAGCACAGACAGACAAGCCCCGCCUCCCAGUUCUCCUCCUCAGCGUCAUCCACCAGCAAACACGAGCACAAAAAGCAUUAGCUCUGCUUUCCACUGAGACCUCAGAACUUGAAUUUUGGGUGCUGUCUUUGUUUGAAAAGAGCAGAUUUACCACCAGGUGAUGAGGGAAGUGUGUGAGCCGACAGGCCAGGAUCAUUGUCAGCACAUCGCCAGGUCCAAUUUGUGACAGCAAGCACAUUUGUUUCUUACCAACUCAAUAUAUGUCAAAGCAAUGCAUGUGGCAUUAUGUUUUUUGUUUAUAUAUAUGUCGAAAGAGAUGUUGUCCCAAACUAGUCAUGCUGUGAAGAUCGGUCACAAAACAAAAGGUGAAAUAUGAAUGAGGUGAAUCAUUCUUCUAUUUAUUUAAAUUAAAUUUUGUACUUAAAAUGUGACCUUUAUAGAGCCCCACAUGUGGGUUAAACUGAAUAAACUGGUUUGCUGAAUGUAGUAUGAAACACACAAGUUACGCCAAUCUCCUAAAACAUUUUUUAUUUGUAUUGACAAAGUUGUCUUUUGAUCUUUUAUGUGGGAUUAGAGAGACAAAGAAUGCACUUGGUAAUGUAUAAUACAACUUGCCAAUAUAACAACAGUUAUUUUACAGUAAUUAUUUAUUUGACAAACGGUAUUUCCGGUGCGACAUGUCACAUCCUUCUUUCUUUUUUUAAACAUGCACAAACCAUUUGGUCCGGACAGAAAUCUCAAUCCAACUGUUUUUUGUUUGAAAUGUAAAGUUCCUAAACAAACCAUCGCAAAAUAGAAAAUUAACCAAUCCAGAGAUCAGAAAUACAACACACUCUUGCUGAUAGUGAUUCCUUUUCCGUUUCUUACCGUUAAAGAGUUUUUGUUUGACUGCAGCAAUAUUGUGAGACCAAAUGUGCGUGGAUUCGAUGCUCACAGAAGAAUAUACCUUCGAGGGGAAGACACCUGAAGUCAGAAGGCAGGGCACAACAUUUUCAUUACACAACUGCCAACCUUUCCUCUGAUCUUGUCAACCUCUGACAAGAAUUUUUGUGCGGCUUCAGUGAGUGUACAGUCAGUCUGCGAGAGAGAGAGAGAGAGAGUGAGUGAGAGAGAGACAUCGGACAUGUAUCAGUGACAGAACAGCGAUGAUUAAAAUACCUCAUCUGCUGUUUUUAGCCAGAAUGAAGCACAGACAACUACUGGCCAUGUGGACACAGGUGAGGCUCACUCAUUGGCUGAGCACAGACAUGUGUAAUUAGGUCAUAACUUGGUGAGAGUCUGUCAUUGGUUGGCCAAGCACACUCUGAUAUUCUCGGUGAACACCGUUCAUGUCACAAAAAAGACAAUAAAUACAACAUUUUAGGGAUAAAAUACAAACUUUUCUUGAGUGUCAUCAAUGAAAAGCUCCCCAGCGUCAACACAAUGUUGCAGCACCAAAGCAGUUUGGAAACUUGAGUUAUCUCCUAUUCCCAUAUGAUGUGAGUGCAGACAUGAUACUUUACUACAAGCUCUCAGCAGUUUUCUCUCCCCAGAUUUAUGUUCUGAAAAUGUAGUUACUUGCUUUUUUCUUUUCAUCCAUGUCAUUCUUUUCUGUGUAAUUCGUCUUACUGAGAAAGAGGAGUAGCAAACGAAGGUGGCCUGUCAUUUAGAUUUAAUGUGUUUUUAUUUGUGGGAAAAAUAACUCAACUCUGAUCUCCUAAACUGUGCAGGAUAGUGAACAAAAGACAUGGAAAUGAACAAAGUUACAGCAUGAUGUGCCAUCAUCCUCUGGCGGCUGGUGUGCCGGACGAGCAACAGAUGAAACCAAAAAAGCUGAUUUACUGCAAUUCAGAAUAAGAUGUUUCUUCGUCACAUACUUAAACACAUGCAGACAGCAACAAACCAGGGCUACACUUGUUCAGUUAGAUUCACCUCAAUGAAGCAACCUCUACAAAUUAUAUGCUGGAUUGGUAAAUUUGGUACAUUCCAUACUAUUUGACACAAGUGUACUAGACUAUAAAAUAUCCGCAGGGCUUUCAGUUCAGUUGAAUUUAAAAAAAAGUAGUUUAUUUGCAAUGAAAAGGUUCAGAACUAUUAGGAUAUUAGUUAUUGGAAGCUUCAAUCCAAAAAUGUGUGCAUUGGCCUUCAGAACCUGUCAGUCAAAUCCCGGUGCCUCCAAAUGCCACCACACACAGUCUCAACAUGAGGCAGACCGAUCCGUCUUUUCCUGACUUUCCCUUCUUUUCGCCUGCUCGUUCUUCUCGCAGCUGUGCAUCGUUUUGUCAGAAAAGCCAGCAGAUCCCAGAACAGCUCCGCACAAACCCCCUCGCAAGGUUUCCCCUCAUCUGUUUGUACGCCGGCUGAAAAGAGGACUCCAACUUCUACCGAGUCAAACUUAAGCACAAGUCCUCCUUUGUGUCGGAGGUCAGAGCAUCUCGACCGUCUCAUUUUGUUUUCACAAGGUCGAUGCUGCGAGGAGGAGAAGAGUUUACAACCGUCAAACCAUCAGGAAUACAAACCACAGUGGUCACUUUACAUGAAUAUCUUGCGCCGCUGGUUCCACACAUGUCGUUUGUGUUGUAUUUACGUGAUCUCCACUUGUCUUUUUCGCCUCGAGCUUCCUGGUUGUAAAUACCUCUUGAAAAAUGGUAAACAAGCCAUCAGCAACAGUGGUAAUUGCCAUUGCACAUGCAAUUUAUUUUAUUGGACUUCAGACAAAUUACCGUCCACUUUGUUUUUUGUCCUUCCAGGAAGCCUGAGCACUCACCCUGCCAUCUUGAAUUAGAUGUCGGCCAUAUUUGUUCCUAUGGAUACUUGUGUGUGUGUGUGCGUGUGUGUGUGUGUGUGUGCGUGCGUGCGUGUAUGAGGGAAGGGGGCCUCUGUACAGGACUGUCUCAGAAAAUUAGAAUAUUGUGAUAAAGUUCUUUAUUUUCUGUAAUGCAAUAAAAAAAAUAUUAAAUAUUAAAAGAAUAAAAGGCUUGCAAUAUUUCAGUUGAUUUGUAAUGAAUCCAGAAUGCAUGACAUUUUUGUUUUUUUAGUUGCAUUACAGAAAAUAAAGAACUUUAUCACAAUAUUCUAAUUUUCUGAGACAGUCCUGUAUGUAGCUCUUUACAUUAAACAGGAACUUUAUGAAAAAGUUUGGUGCAGCGUGGAACCUCACACCUCACUGAGUGGGGUUCAAAACAGCGGUACAGCGAGGAAAACAGAAAAAAAAGUAUAUAUAUGAUUCUAUAUUGUGCAGAAUAUUUAUAGGCCUUUUGUGCCAUCGAAGUCAUGCUCUGCGCUGGCCAUGCAGCGCUCUCUACCAUGUGAUCAUUUGACAUUGUCUUGUACCGAUGACCCGUGGUUAAUUUGAUUGUUUUUUCAUGUCAAGUGCAUUUUUCGCAAUAAAUGCCUUUGUUUUAAAACAGA